AGUCUAGAAAAAGAAUAGAAAAAGGCCGGGCCGGCCGUGCCACGGAAGUGACGGAACUCCAAGCCCAAAACCCCGCAUCGCCUAGAAACCCACGUCGACGGCGACGACUUCUUCGAGCCAUUCCUCGCUAUCCCUGCCUCCUCCCGUCAGGCGCAGGAUCCACCGCUCCAUGGACCCCGCACCGGAGCCGAUUGCUGGAGGCGGUGGCCUCCAGCGCCGCCCCGCGGCCGCCGCAAGGAGCGGAGUGGGCGCACAGGAGCCGCCUCCGCGCGGGCAGCUUGCCAUCCACGCUGACGUCGAACCGCCGCCGCGGCCGUGGCCCGGGAUGCAGAAGCUGGCCAUCGUCGCCAUCGUCGUGCUCGGAUGCCUCCAGUUUCUCCCGGCCACGCACUUCCGGGACCCCAACGACCCCCAGCGCAACUGGAUCCCCUUCGACGGCUCGCGGAAUCCAACGGGUUCUUUAAAUGAUGUUGGAAGUGUAGAUGUCUUCUCUUGGAUAAGCUGUUUGGAUCUUCGCACUCUCGCUGUGCUGACAAAUUCCACCCUGUCCAGCUCAAGUGAUCCACAUAAUAUAUCUUUCCAUUACUUAAUACCUGAAGGAGGCAACGAUAAAUUGUCCUACCUCAAGCUAAAAGUCUUGCUACCUGAUUCAGAUCUCACUGUUACUAGUCAGAAGCAAAUCAAGGACAAGCUAAACGUUGCCACUCCAGAAGGAAAUUUUCUUUGGUUAUUCCACACUGAAUUGUCACCCUUUCUUAUCGCAAAAUCUCAGUUGUCGAAAAAGAGAUUUGUUUAUAUCGCUGCAGAUUCCAUCAUAAAGGGCAAAGUCGAAGAUCUUGGUCGCAUGGAACUAGGCGGUUACGCCAUUGGCGCUGUUGAAGAUUGCAGCAAGCGUCUCAGCGAUUAUAUCAGUAUGGAUGUUCUUAGUGCCAUACAAAGAGCGGGAGCUGCAUUCAGUUGGGUGCCUAAAGAACCUUAUAACGAGGAUGCAUGCCUACUUGAUUUUGACGUGCUAUUGAUGGAGCCUCGCAAGCUGGAGAAAACCCUGAUUACUUCCAUCAUGUGGUGGGCUGAUGCCAUUCGUUUAGCCAAUCAAAGGGACCUGAUUAGACUGGCCGUAACUCUGUCCUUCAAUGGCAAGUACACGAGGCUACCUUCAAACUGGAAGCGCGCAGAUGAUGACAACGCUGAUAUCCUCAACUUCGAUGGACCCAAGAACGUCUGUUCUGAAGAUGGGCGCCAGCAUGAGCAACCAGGCUACGGCGCAACCUGGCAGCAAUACCUUCAUCAGAAAUCUGAAGCCAUACUGAGCACCUAAAUAACGGCACUUCGCCGGACACAAAUUUUCCACUGUCACCGAGUGGAAGCUGACUGUUGGUAUUGACCUGUAAACCCUCCAUAGAAUGCAUUUUGUACUCCAGUACUCUAUUCCAGCACAGAGGAAGCAUGCUCUCGCUUCCGUAUGUAUAAUUCAGGAUACAAGAGAUUUUUUUUUUGGCGGCUGACGCCGGAAAGUUUUCCUGGUUCCAGUUCAGUUUACUCUUUUUUUUCCAUCGUAGAACCUCACUAAAAGCCUAAAAGGUGGAUCAAUUACCACGCCCAUAUGAGCAAAUAUUGUAUUAAACUGUAUGAUAAUUGUGCAGAACCAUGCCA